AUGUCUGACAAACCCAUCGAUACCGUUGAUGAGCUCGCUUCCAAGACAAAACCCAUUGCAGUAAACUAUUGGGCUCAAAUCAAUGACUACACAAAGACGCCUUAUCCAGCAAUUAUAAAUUCAGCAUUGAUAUUUGCAACCCCAGUACUAUCACCUCCAAUAAAAGCUGGAAUUGUCGCUUCUGGUUCAUUCCUUAGGAGCCAAAAGACAUCCAGUGUAGUUGGUCUAACCAAUAAGAAUGUACUACUUUUUGGUGCAGCUCAAGCCCUAGGUGCCAAAAUGCUUUCCGAUGGUGAUAUACAUAAUGGAUCAGGGUUUGUAGCAGCGUGGUCUACCUUGUUUUUGAUUGUUAAUGGGAAGAAGUCCUUUAAGUCAUUAGCAAGUGCAAGAACAUGGCCCCUCUUCCUUACUAUAGCCUCGCUUGGAAAUGCAAUCAUCUACGGAAGAAGAUUUAUUGCAAGUGGCUUUAAGUAA